AGGUUGCCCAACUACGACGAGUUCGCAUUGUUUACGCUGCAAUAAUGAAGGCUGUAUAAAAUGCCCUAGCUACCUAGUAACAGAUACACGACAAUGUGUUGAGAAAUGCCCAUCAGGUUACAUUGAUCAGUGGUCAGCACAUACGGAAUUUAUGGGACGUGUUUGUGUCUCCACUGGGUACUCAGGUCCAUUGAUGGCUGCUCUAGCUGGCAUGCUUGGCGGUUUUUUGGUGUGUUUUUCACUAUUAGCUGUUGCUGUGAUGCUCGUGCGUAAAAGACGACGUCGUAAAACCAUAAAACAGAAAUUAAUAAAUGAACACACUAUGGAUCGUUCAGAUUUUCUGCGUCAAUUAAAUGAAAUGCGUCCUAAUGCUGAGUAUUUUUUGGCUAUGUUGAACGAUACACGCAGACAAAUACGUAAGCUUUAUUUGUCGGGUGAAAUAGCAGCUGCCAAUUCAUAUCGACCGAUUGUGCGUGAUCUUGCAAAAAUACUUAUAUUACUGAAUAGACCAAUUGAAUUGAUACCAGCGCCACCCGUCGACUGGAGUCGUUUGUAUGCAUGGUCGGAGCAGGCUCUAGAACGAUAUAAACCACAAGUAGGUCAAUUAAUUGACUUCUUUCAAACAUCACAGCAUGCGGGUACUAAUGAUGAAUUCGAUACGACAAAUUACAAUAAGAAAAAUACUGAUGGAAAUGGUGUUGGUAGUAGCAGCAUAUUUCGACAGAAUAUGCUGCAGUCUACCACAAAUCUAAAUACACCAGGGUCAACAGGAACUGCAACGCAUAAAAUGCAUCUUUUCGGUUCGUUGAUUAGUCUACAUGAAUUUGAAGAACCCCGACCAUCCGAUCCAUUUGGCAGUAGCUUUAAUACACUUAAAAGUGGUAAUUUAAUAUCGGAUCUAAAUGCAAGUUCAUUGUGGUUGGAAGAUGAAUUUUACAAAUUAGGCUUUCGACCGCAGGACGAAAUAACGACUGAGUUAUAGUUAAUUAAUACUUUUUAAAAGAAUCAAGUUAGCCUUAAAAAAGCGAAAGAAUUUAUGCAAAUAUUAUUAUUUGUAAAGAUUUGAAAAUGUAUAUACAUAACUGUAUUUUAUUGUAGAAUAUAUAAAUAAAUAUAUACCUAUACAUGUAACUCAAAGAAUAACAGACAACGUAUUUUUUGAUGUAAAUACAGUAUCUAUUGUGAUUUUUUAAACGAGAUAAUAUUGUUCUACAUAUUAAUGAUAUUAACGAUCAUUAAAUGACUAGAAAUAAUUCGAGUUGAAACUAUUUCUUAAGUAUAUUUUUAAUUUAAAAUUACAGAGAACGAAAGUUGCUAUAGCGACUUCAGGAUAUUUUGUACAAUCCAAUUGA